UUGAAAUUCAAGAAAUUAUCAGACCAAAUAAUUUGUCAAAAUCUUUAAUAAUCUCUUUAAAUGCAAACAAAAUUUUACAUAACCUUAUAAAUGAAUUAAGUAAUAAAGAUAAUUUAUUGGUGUCAAAAAUUGAAAAUCUUGCCAAAAAGUUGAUUGAUUUUCAUGAUAUUUUUAAAGAAAAAGAACAUUGGAAUAUUAUUCUUUAUGAAAGAGUUUUACAUGCUAAAAAUUUGGAUGAAAAACAUUUAUUUAGGGAAAUUAAAAAAUGGGAAAUCUAA